AUGCCUGUAGUAGUAAACCGGAAAGAGGGCAGACAGCGUUAUUGGUUAUUGUCAGCCCUCGCUCCGACUAUUGCCGUUACAAACGAGCUCUGUGCGGUUAUUGAGAGCUUCCUCCCUGACUCCCCGGACCCCAGCACCAAGGAGAAAGCGGCUGCACCGAGCGCGGCCACUAACUGUGCUAACAGCUCUAUAUCCAUGCUCCAAACCCGCGUGUCCGAGAGAGCUGAUGAUGAGAGAGCUAAUGAUGAGAGAGCUGAUGAUGAGAGAGCUGAUGAUGAGAGAGCUGAUGAUGAGAGAGUUGAUGAUGAGAGAGUUGAUGAUGAGAGAGCUGAUGAUGAGAGAGCUGAUGAUGAGAGAGCUGAUGAUGAGAGAGCUAAUGAUGAGAGAGCUGAUGAUGAGAGAGCUGAUGAUGAGAGAGCUGAUGAUGAGAGAGCAAUCUGA